AUGCAGGUUAGGAAGGAUAAAGGGAUGUGCUAUAACUGUGAUGAGUUUUACAGACAAGGUCAUCGAUGUAAAAACCAGCAACUCUUCAUGCUCAUUGAUGAUGAAGAUGUAGAGGAAACUGGAUCAUUAUCUACUGAAGAAAUUCCUGAGACAUCUCCUUCGUCUUCUGAUUCUACAAUCGAAAUUUCCUUACAUGUCUUGACAGAGAAUAUUACUCAUGAUACUAUUCGAAUUAGUGGUCAUCUUAACAAGCAUCAUGUGGUUGUACUUAUUGAUACAUGCAAUACUCAUAGUUUCAUUGAUGCUGCUCUAACCUCCAAACUAGGCAUUCAUGUUUCUUCCACUGGUCAAAUGAUUUUCACUGUUGCUAAUGGCGAUAGCACCAUCAUCAAGGGUAUUUUCCAACACCUCAACUGGGAAAUGCAAGGACAUCAAUUCUCUGCAAAUUUACGAGUUCUCCCUCUUGGUAGUUGCGAUAUUGUUUUGGGAGAUGACUGGUUGCGCAAACUUGGUGAUGUUACUUUUAACUUCAGUCUGUUGAGUAUUUCUUUUGUACAUCAAGGCACACCAAUCACCCUUCAAGGUACUUCUUAUAAACCUUCUUUGAGCCUCCUCAAUGCUUCUUCUCUUAAGAAGUUUUUAAAGAAACCUAAAGGACUUCCUCCUUCUAGGUCACUUGACCAUAAAAUUUCACUCAAAACUGGUUCUGACCCAACUUCUCAAAGGCCAUACAAGUGCCCUUAUGUUCAUAAGUCCGUAGUAGAAUCCUUAUUCUAUGAAAUGUUCUCCUCUGGUGUGAUACAACCCAGUCAUAGCCCAUUUGUUGCUCAUAUUCUCCUUGUUAAGAAGAAGGAUGGAACUUGGCGUUUUUGUAUCGAUUAUCGUAAACACAAUGACAUCACUUUCAAAGACAAGUUUCUUAUUCCACUUAUAGAAGAAUUGCUAGACGAGUUGAAUGUUCUAUGCCCAUCCAUGGAAGCUCAUCUGGAUCAUUUACAGCUUACAUUUGCCUUACUAAGGAAGCACUCUCUGUUUGCCAAGCUAUCCAAGUGUGCAUUUUCUCAGCCACAACUCGAGUACAUUGGCCACAUUAUCAAUGCCAAUGGUGUUGCUGCAGACCCCGACAAAGUUGCAACCAUGGUUAAUUGGCCACAACCGCAAACACUGAAGCAACUCAGAGGCUUUUUGGGGUUUACAGACAUACUAAAAAAGGAUUCUUUUACAUGGUCUGAUGCUGCAACUCAAGCUUUCGCUGCAAUCAAAACUGCUAUGACUUCAGCACCAGUUUUGGCUUUAUCAGAUUUUUCUCAGCCAUUCACCUUGGAAACUGAUGCAUGUUCAAAGGGAAUUGGUGUUGUACUAAUGCAGAAUAGUAAACCAAUUGACUUUCUAAGUAAACCAUUGGGUCCUAAGGCAUUGGCACUGUUUACUUAUGAGAAUGAGUUUUUGGACAUUGUCAUGGUUGUUCAAAAAUGGAAGCACUAUUUAUGUAGUCAACAGUUCAUCAUCCAUACUGAUCAUCAGAGUUUGAAGUAUCUUAUGGAUCAUCAGUUAUUGCCUUCUGCUUCAUGUUCUUCCUUAUCCUUAUCUCAGCCUCAGUGGGUGCAAGACAUCAUCUCCAGCUAUGCAUCUGACUCCACAGCACAACAACUUCUUACUCAACUAGUUGUGACUCCUACACAGGGUAAUUACUCUUAUGCAAAGGGCAUUAUCAGAUUCAAAGGGAGACUCUAUAUUGGCUCAGGUACUGCACUAAGAUCUUCUAUAUUACAUUCUUUGCAUGCCUCUGCUGUUGGAGGCCAUUCUGGCAUCAAUGGCACCUACCACAGAGCUAGAACUUCAUUUUUUUGGCCCAACAUGAAGACUGAUAUAAUUCAACUUGUCACCACUUGUGAUGUGUGCUAA